AUGAAGUACAACCCAGAAAGAGACAUACCUGAUCUCUCCGGCAAGGUGAUCCUCAUCACUGGAGGUACCGCUGGCAUUGGCAAAGCCGCUGUCUUUGAGCUUGCGAAACACAGCCCAGAACAGAUAUACUUCACUGGUCGCAACGCUCAAGCUGGAGCUGGAAUCAUUGCAGAGGCGAAGCAGUCUUCACCGCGAUGUGCUGUUACUUUCAUCAAGUGUGACCUUUCCGCUUCGCGAGAGGACAUCCGGAACAGCAUCCAAGAUCAAUUCAAGUCAUCACGCUUGGACAUACUGAUCGCAAACGCUGGCAUCAUGGCGGUUCCGCCCGCCCUGGGUGCCGAGGGAUUCGAGAUACAGUUCACCAGCAAUUAUCUCGGCCACGCCAUCCUGUUGAAACUACUGCGUCCCCUCAUGGUCAAGACUGCAAAGAGUAGUCCAGACUCUGACGCGCGUCUGGUUAUGUUGAGCUCGUUCGGCCACACGGUGCAUCUUCCUGGCGGUAUCGACUUCGACAGCCUCCGCACACCUGAUGCUGGGACAGCCUUGCAGCGCUAUGGCCAAAGUAAGCUCGCAGACAUCCUCCUCGCGAAGAGCAUGGCGAAGCAUUAUCCGCAGAUCACCAGCGUUUCGGUACAUCCAGGGCUCGUGCGAACAAAUCUGGCAGACAACGUUGAGCCAUCCUUCAUGUUCAGCAUCCUGACAUCAUUGACCUGGACGCCAUUGUACUCCUCAGCAGAGCAGGGAGCGUACAACGCGCUCUGGGCGGCAACAGCGCCGAAGGGGAGCGUGGAAAAUGGUGCGUACUAUGACCCAGUAGGAAAGAAGGCAGGAAAGAAAGGUCAGACUUCGGGUUUGGCUGAUGCUGGUCGAGACAAGGAUCUGGCGGAGAGGCUGUGGAAGUGGACUGAAGAUGAAUUGAAGGGGUUGGAAGACUUAUCGUAG